CUGUUGCAUUGGUCUCCACAAAUAGCAGCAGCAUUUCAUUUAAGCCAAAUUCGAACGCAUAGCAAAGUAACGACAAAUAUUUCACGUGCCGCCACGUUCGUACAUUAGACGCGCACCGAUUAGGUAAAGAGAUUUUAGUCAGUGAAAUAAGUUUGGUGCAAAGAUCUUUAAAGCAAACAGCGACUAAUUGAUUCGCAAAGUUUAAAAUUCAAAUUGAUUGCAGUCAAGCCACGUUUGUCUCACUUAAGCCGCACGCGUGUGCCUGUUCAAGCAGUAGUCAACGUGCUAGUCAGUGAAGCCCUGAAACCGGUGUGCAGCCUGUGUUUUUAAUUUUCAAAUCAAAUAACGCCACGUACAAAAAAGUAUUUAAAAUAAACAAUAACAACAAAUUGAAUUUCGCUACCGUCGGUUGUACGUCUUGAUCCGAAUUGUGCGUGCAUCCUUAUUUGUGUCAGAAUAAAUACGAGUUUGUGUUGAAAAGUGAAUUCCAUUAAAAAAAAUAAAGCUAAAUUGUGCUUUGCAAAAAUAACUAAGUUUUCCUGGCAGGCGCUGCAACUUUCAUUCACUCUUUGGAUUAGGCACAGCCACAGCAACGAACCGUGCAAUAUGAAAGCCACAACGCGACUUUGCCCAAUUGUAUUGCUGAUCUGUGCCGCACGGCUUGUCUGCACAGCGCAGCAACAACGAUACAACCACAAUAACGGUGUCGCCGGCUAUCCACUGGACUAUGCGGACGCGAAGUUAAUACAGGAAGAUUACUUGCUGGAAAAGAGAAACAAACCAUCCCUGUCCAUUGUGAAUCCGUUAGAUGUGCUGCGUCAAAGACUCUUACUGGAAAUCGCUCGGAGGCAAAUGAAAGAAAACACAAGACAGGUGGAAUUGAAUCGUGCCAUAUUGAAGAACGUUGGCAAACGCAUGCUGAGCACCGGCGCUGGUGACUUCAACUACAAGUUGCCAGCACACACACAAGAGCAACUCGAAUACUUACUCACACACAUACCCUAUCGUCAGCAAUUAUACUCGUACUAUCAUGGUGCCCAACACCCCCAACUGCAGCAACUGUGGCAGCCACAAUACACCAAUCAAUUGGAAUAUGCGCCAGAUGUGUCCGUCUCUGAGUAUCUGCAACGACCGGCAUACACAUAUGAGGCCACUUUGGGAGCAACAGCACUCGCUGGCAGCGAAAGUAAAGCUGAGGUGGACAGUCAGACUCCGUUGUACUUGAAUGCGCUGGAAAGUACUGCCGGUGAGGGCGAGGUAAAUAUUUACAAAGCCAACGGAAAUGAUAUGACCGCCGAUAAUAAAGCACCGGAAUCACACAGUCAACGUGCAGGUGUUAGCAGUGAUGCUGGCGCUUUGGCCAACAAUGGUCUCGUGGCCAAAAAUCUCUCUGGCAACGAGCAACCCGCUGUUAAGGAUGCUAAUCAACUGGUGGAUGGUGAAGGUGUCGAUGGAAAUGAUGGUAAUGCCGACUACCGUUUGAGGUACUUUUAUGGCUUACGCAAGAAGCAUCACAGCAUGAGAAAGUAAGCUGAAAAAACACACGCUCUCCCAUACAAAUACAAAUACAACCACACACCCCUUGAACGUCGAAUAAAUUAUUUGAAAAAUAUUUCGUUUAACACCAAUUAACCAAAUACAAAUAUACAUACAUAUAUAAUCUAAUAAUACAUAUGUAGUAUAUAUAUGUUAAAACUGAGCUUUUCUAGCGAUUAGCUCUGCUCUGCUUAUUUCUACUUACCUAAGUGUUAUUGACUAGACUAAAACCUAAGUUUAUAUACAUAUAUAAAUAUUUAUGUACAAAAUAUAUACAAUAGUUACCUAAAUCCCAAAUGUAUAUUUCAGCGAAAAUUUAAUAAAAAUUUUCCCGAACCGCUCGUAUGUAUGUAA